AGCAAGAAGCUCGCGCCGUUACCAAGGGCGAAAAGCACCAAGAUGUCAUUUCUGUUCCUCUUCACAUACUCAAUGCUCAUCUCGACCCUGUUGAUAGCAGCCCCAGCAGCGGGCCUCUGUACCACCAUCAAGACCACCAACAACAAGAACCCGCAACUCACUUCCGACCUCUCUCCCGACCAAGGACAUCCUCAUCCGCAACAAGCACCAGCUCCAAAUCCAAAUCUCGGUCUCCUUCUCCAUCCCAUCUCAUACUCAGCCGGCCCGGCAGUAGCGCAAGCUCCACCAGCAACAAAUCCAAAGGCAGCUUCUGGAGCCGAAGUCGAAGCCGCAGCUCAAGCACAAGCAGCCGCUCCAGUGCAGCAAGCGUCCGCAGCUCCAGCAAAAGCAGCAUCAGCAGCCACAGUGCCCGGAAACCCUCGGUCCCAACAGUCAAGACUGCAGCUCUUACAAGCUCCAUCUAACUCGUGCACUUUCCGCGCCUACGGCAUCCAAAUGUGCGAUCCCGUUUCAGCGUCGUCGGUCACGUACCUCCAGAUUAACCAGAUUUUGAAUGCGGACGGCAGUCUCGCAGUUGAUGUGCGCCGGGGGAGACCCAGGGCUGCCUUCAACAGCUAUGAGAAAUUGGUGCCAGGCCGCGCGUGGCAUGCUGCUAGCUUGACUCACGGCGAUACGCUGGAGAUCAAACUUGACAGUGCCGACGGCAAAAUCGGGUUUAAUUAUGGCGGUGCGAGAUGGACGAACGAAGACGGGGUGGAUACUGGGAAAGCUGGAUGGUGUGAGGUUGAGGGCUGGAACGAUGAGGAGGAGUGGGAUUGCGGGAACGGUGCGAAGGGGACGAGGAGUAGCAACAUGAUCUGCGGCUUCCCAUGCGGUGUUCAAGAAUCUAUGGAAUUGUAAUCAUCGGCGCAUUCUUCACAUUUACACACAUUACACUUUCGGUUUUAGACGGAUAAGACCCAUACCACAUCUUCUGUUUUCUCCUCCUUUCCUUCUUUUAUGAAGGGGGAAACAGUGUAAAUUCUUACUUCAACUUCUUACCCUUCUUUUCUUGUCUUACUUGGAUUACAACCUUUCCAUCACUCUGUCUGUUAUGCAUUCAACAAUCGUAUACCACUUUGAGCGCGCGUUCUCUUCUAUUCUUCCAAAGUAGCAUGAAUCCAAACAAUCUUUUUCAAACAAUGCAUUGAAUUCCUGAUAAUCUAAGCUAAACAGCACUAUCUCGUGAUGGUGGGAUGAUAACGCAUUGACCCGUAUAUGAUAGCGUUUCGUUUUAACGCGCACAACUACAUCCGUUCGUUUGCAAUGCUGCGAGGACAUAUGAUUCUACCGCACCAACAUCUAAAUGAGCUGAACGGCAUCCGUCACGUGUAGUGAGACUAAGCUAGCACGUGACGCUUAUGUGAGCCUAGAGCGCCGCCUACCACACCUUAUUGUUCAAAUAUUGAUUAAGAAGGAAGCUAAUAUUUUGCAACCUAGCUUACGACGCCGUAUCUGGGAUUGGAAGUGGAUGCUAUCUCGAUUGGGUCAUAAGAUGGCGCACGUAUAUUAUCUCUGGCGGGAUCCUUCAAGCCAACUUGACUGUCUACUAUCGUGAAAGAAUGAGAGAGAUGCGUGUGCGUAAGUGAGCCGUUGAUGCUGAC